AAGCAACCAAUGCUCUAACGGGUCAUCGUGACGUAAUGUGCAAUGUUUCUGAGUCGCUUGUGGUCAGUGCAGUAUUUUGUUUUCUCGUGAGUUGGGAUCCUUAAAAUAUUGAAGGAUUUAUUUAUUCCUGUGUAAAGGUGAUAUACCGAUUUUAUUUCAGAAUUUAAGGCUGUACUAUGGCUCGUACCAAACAGACUGCCCGUAAAUCUACUGGAGGUAAAGCUCCUCGUAAGCAGUUGGCUACAAAAGCUGCUCGUAAAAGUGCACCAUCCACUGGAGGUGUUAAGAAGCCCCAUCGUUACAGACCUGGUACUGUUGCUCUUCGUGAGAUCCGUCGAUACCAGAAGUCCACUGAAUUGUUGAUCAGAAAAUUGCCCUUCCAGAGAUUGGUCAGAGAAAUUGCUCAGGAUUUCAAAACUGAUCUCCGUUUUCAGAGUGCUGCUAUUGGAGCCUUGCAGGAGGCAAGUGAAGCAUACCUGGUUGGACUGUUUGAAGAUACAAAUCUGUGCGCCAUCCAUGCAAAACGUGUUACCAUCAUGCCUAAAGACAUCCAGUUGGCCCGGCGAAUCCGUGGUGAACGAGCAUAAGACAUUGAGAGAACAUUUGCAUACCCACUUUCAUCUCAAGUGUAUAACAUUCAUGAACGAUAGCCUUUUAUAUGAUAUAUACUGACUGGUUCUUGUUUUAAAACAUCACAAGAUCAUUUUUAAGAUAAUCUUCUUAAGUUAUUUACUACUCUCGUGUACACAAGCAGCCGAUGUCGGGAGUAAUGUGUUAGUUUGGUAUUGAAUUGUUAGAUUGUGUAGUUGUGUCACAUAUAAUCUGAUUUUAAUGUUUCACUUUGUCCAUUGUAUGUGGCUUUUGUCCCCCCAGUCUCAGCUGCUUGUUUUUCUUUCUUUUUGAGGAAUGUGUGUCAUGAAAUUGUUAUUAAAAAGAAAAUGGUCCAUGUUUACUGCAUACACUGCCAGCAUAAUUUCUUAUGUUCAUAGCCCAUGUUCUCUUUUUCACUGAACAUUAGUCACACCAUCUCAUGUCAAAUACCUUUUUGUGGUUUUUAAAAUUCAUAUGUAAUGGCAGUAUUUGUUUGAGUAGACAUUAUUAUAGUUUGUGGUCAAAUAAAUGAUUACAUUCCGA